GCCACCUCUAUGCUUUUUCUCCCUCCUUUUUUUCCUUUUUCUUUUUUUUUUCUAAGGGAAACGAUCUAGUGAACUAAUUAACAUGGGUAGCUUAGCUGCAUGUGUCGCCGGCGUUGGUCCAACCUUGAUCAUCGGCUCGACCGGUUUCAUUGGUCUGUUUGUUGCCGAAGCUUGCAUUGACUCAGGCCGGCCAACCUACAUAUUGGUCCGGGACGGUCCGAUGUCGCCCUCCAAGGCUGCUACCGCCAAAGUCCUUCAAGACAAAGGGGCCACCAUUGUUCAUGGUACUAUCAACGACCGAGAAUUUACGGAGAAGUUGAUGAGGGAACAUAAGAUAGAAGUUGUGAUAUCUGCAAUUGGUGGUGACAGCAUCUUAGACCAGCUCCAUCUGAUUGAUGCCAUCAAGAAUGUCGGUACAAUUAAGAGGUUUUUGCCAUCCGAAUUCGGGCACGAUAUCGACAGAGCAGAUCCAGUGGAACCAGGCCUCACCAUGUACAACCAGAAGAGGAAGAUCAGAAGGUACAUUGAAGAUGAAGGGAUUCCGUACACUUACAUCUGCUGUAACUCCGUUGCCGCCUGGCCCUACCACGACAACACACACCCCGCGGAUGUCCUUCCACCGUUGGAUCACUUCCAAAUCUACGGCGACGGUUCUGUCAAAGCAUAUUUUGUGGCCGGAUCUGAUAUCGGAAAAUUCACUAUAAAAACAAUCGACGAUGAUCGGACAAUCAACAAAUCGGUGCAUUUCCGGCCACCGACCAAUCUACUGAGCAUCAAUGAGAUGGCUUCUCUUUGGGAGGGGAAGAUCGGCCGCGUUCUUCCUAGAGUUACCAUCACCGAAAAUGAUCUGCUUGACAGAGCCAAAGAGAUGCGUAUCCCACAGAGCAUUGUGGCAGCAUUUACUCAUGACAUCUUCAUAAAGGGAUGCCAAAUAAAUUUCUGCCUGGAUAACCCUACCGACGUUGACAUCUGCUCCCUCUAUCCAGAGGAUCACUUCCGAUCUCUCGAUGAGUGCUUCGACGACUUUGUCAAGAAGAUCGUCGACAAGAACCCAAAGGCAGUGAGCAUGCCAGCCAGCAAAAAUGGCAUAUUCGUGCCCAAAUCUGACACAGAACCGCUGGCUAUCACGGUAUAAGUAAUCUCUGUUUCUUCUCAUGGAAGUUCUUCUAAGGAUGAAACAGGAAAAUGCUGUCCUUUCAAUAUAAUUCUAUCAUAUUUAUCCCGUGGUAUACUUGCGGCAAAAUUAGUAGUAACAGAUCAUUAUGUCUAGUUUCUAAAAUCAGAGGAAUGUUUAUGAAUAAAGCUCCUUCUUUGUCUUCACAACUAGGGAGGAAAUGAUCAUGUCGAAGGGUAAUAUUUGUUAGUAUCCCAUUCUUCUUUAUUGAGUCAACAACUCUAAAUAAAGAGUUCAAAUAAUGAGUUUCUCAACCAAACAUGGCUUUAACAUAAUCUCUGUGUUUGUUCAAAAGUUACCUUCCAUAUUAUUAGAAGAUUACUUCAACAAACAUUUUCUUGAUACCAAACAAGUUUCGAGUUUAACAAUCCUACAUUGGAAAUAAACUUCAUCUCAAGAAAAUUUUAACAAAUAAACUUCAACACA